AUGUCUGCUUGCUCAAAUUUCACUCCAGGUGCUUGGAAGCGAGAUCAAUGUCGUGAAUGCUUUCAUAAGGAAUCAGAACAUUUACUUGUCGCACCCAUACGCCCUCCCUCACCUCCACCUCCACCCACACCCAUAGUCCUUCCCCAACCUCCACCCAUAGUCCGUCCCCAACCUCCACCCAUAGUCCGUCCCCAGCCUCCACCCAUAGCCCAUCCCCAGCCUCCCCCCAUAGCCCAUCCACAACCUCCCCCCAUAGUUCGUCCCCAACCACCACCCACAACCGCAUCCACGUCCAUACGGCGCGUUUUAUUCAUAGGACCUACAGGUGUCGGAAAAUCGACUUUAAUAAAUGUCUUAAUUAGCAAUAAUGUGCGAGUCGAAGAUAUGUCACAUCCAGCUGGAGUGGGUGACACUUCUUCAGGACAAACUAGGUUUUUCACUACUUACUAUGACCUUCCAAAUAAUGCUUACACUGAUACAAUUGGACUCGGUGAUAAUCGCCAUAAGGAUUUGGAUAUAAUGGAUUCAUUGAAAUCAGUCCUAGAGAAUGCUUCAAUCGGUUACAAUAAGAUUUAUAUAUGUCUUAAAUACGGUCGAAUAUCUACAGAAAUUCGAAAUUAUAUUGAACUGAUCACUACAAUGUUUGGUAAAAGUGUAUUGGAAUGGUCGUCUAUCAUAUUCACUGGCUGUAAUGAUCAAACAAUGACGAAGGAAAAGUAUUUAGAAAAAAAUAGCCAAGACACUGAUUUUAUCGAAACUAUAAAACAGGUACGUACUGUCAUAUUUGGUGACAAUAUGACAGAUAAAAAUGCAGAAAUAGAAAACAUUAUGUAUAAACGACGACAGGAAUUUCUCCGUCGGAUUAAAAAAGACCUAGACGAUACAGUUAAAACGGAAUAUUUCAAAUUGAAAAAACGAGGACUAAUUGCACGAGCGGCAAAGAUCUUCACUAUAAUUUGCUCGUCAUUUGGAAGCAAAGCCAUCGCUGUCAUCGCUAAUGUAAAGGACUUUGCUGCAGCAGUUGCUCGUUCAACGCAAUCAUCUAAAUACGAUUAUUAUUAUGGUGAAUGUUCAAUCUGUAUACAAGAUAUUACAGGUCAUAACUAUCCAGUGAUAACACCAUGCUGCCAUGUGUAUCAUGAAGUCUGUCUGAAGCAAUGGGUGCAUGAUGAAGGUCAAAACAACUGUCCAAUGUGUCGUACACAGUUCGAUAACCCACAAAACUAUUACGAGUCUUUAGCUACUAAUACAUAA